CAUAUCCUGCAGACAAUGGGAGCGGCCCUCCGACAGCAGCGGCAGCAGGACGCCGGGACCACCACGACCACCACCACCGAGGCGCCCGACUGGACGGUCGCGUGGCACUUCUUCUUCUUCACCUUCGAACGUCCGGGCGCCACCAUCUUCAUCGCCGGCAUUAGCAUAGUGCACUCGCUGUUCCACAUCCCGCACCUGCUGAUGUACCGGCGGCUCGGGAUCCUCACGGCGUUCUGGAGUCUCGUCGGCGUGGGACUCGUUAUCGGAGCUGUCAUGGAGAAGGAGCUGUUGUACGACAUCUGGAUCUGGUACUCGACGGUGUACGUGCCGGUGAUGCUGGUCAUCAUGUGCAUCGUGCUGACGGCCUCCGUGUGGGGCAUGGACCUCAAGCCGCUGCGCGCCAUCUUCGCCACCGUCGCCGUGCUCUUCUAUCUGUUUAUGUUCUACUGCAUCAUAUUCGUGCAAACGGAGAAGAGGAAGAUCUUCUCUACGACGACGGCGACGACGACGGAGUCGACGCCGUGCGCCUGGUGCCCCACCUGCACUACGCCUAAAUGCACCACACCCAGCACUACAGCGACGAGCGGCAGGCUGCGCCUGCGCACGCUCGAGAUGCUAUUUGACGAGAAGCUGUGA